AUGUCCCCUCUCAGAGGCUAUAUCACUUCCUAUCCUCCGCGAUUACGCCAUUACGGAAACGCGUUACUUACGCCGGUCAUUCCUCAGACCCAAGUUGGUCCUACGCCGCGAACAACGAAGCGAGGCACUACCGCGGUGAACUAUGCAGAAGACGGCUUUGACGAUGAAGAUUUUGAUGAGAGUGAAGGUACUCGACGGCCUACGGGGCUGAGGAGCCUUCGACGAGAGGAGUCAACGGCUGAUAAGACCCCCUUGGCGGAGAAGUUGGGGAAGGAGAUCCAUGGCCCUGUUGAGGUCCAAGGGAUUUUCCGCGACUGGAUGAUCAAGAGGAUGUUGCGACCAGCUUGUGCAGACCAACUACAGAUUCAAGCGCAGCUCCCGCUCACCCUCAUACCUAUUCGUAUCGACCUGGAAGUCCCAGCGCAUCAGCCUCUCGAACCAUUUCCCAUGCCACGAGGUGUGGUAGACCCUGGCAUCAACCCUACACUUCCCGGAUAUCGCAGACCAGACCCGCUACCUGCGUUUCGCAUCAAGGACACAUUUCUUUGGAACCUCCACGAAGCUCUCUCGACCCCGGAAGAGUUCGCGAUGGGGUUCGUGCGGGAUCUGGACCUUCCAAAUCCCCAGGCGAUGACCUUGGCCAUCAGUACUCAAAUACGUCAGCAGUUAGAAGAAUACGCUGGUGUUGCAUUACAUCCGCUGUUCCAGAGCACGCAGUCAAAACAAGCUUCCUCGCAUACAGAUCCCUCCCGAGAUGUGUCUGCGACUCCGGUUCCUGCUCAAGCGGCAACGCCUGACAGCAGAGCGAACACAAUCACAGUAACAAAAGAGCCGUUAGUCAACGGCAGCAUCCUGAAUCCGGACGACGCAUACCGGUGCCUGAUCAAUCUCAAUAUCAACUUGCAGAAUAGGCUGUACACGGACAAAUUCGAGUGGUCCUUGCUGCAUCCUCCCGGCAUGGCAGAGGAGUUCGCGCAAAUCACCUGCGCUGAUCUGGGGUUGGGCGGCGAGUGGGUUGGCGCUAUCGCCCACGGCAUCUACGAAGCUGUCUUGAAGUUAAAGAAAGAAGUAUGUGAGAGCGGAGGCAUGAUCAGUGGCAUUGGAGGCUACGCGACGGAGAUUGACAACCAAGCUGCCAACGGUACUGAGGCUGGCUGGCGGUAUGAUCCCGAAGGACUCGGCGACGAAUGGGAACCCAAGGUGGAGACUCUUUCCAAAGAGGAGAUUGAGAAACGGGAGGGAGAUCGCGAGCGUCAGAUUAGACGUCUACGGCGAGAAACAGCCCGGUUUUCCUCUACUGCGGGCAUUACCCCCGACAUAUCGCGACAGGGUAGCGGCUACUUCGAUGUGGACAGUGAGACGCCACUAGGUAGAGGUGAAAGGAGCAAACGGAAGAGGCGCUUCCGCAGUUUGAGUCCAUCGGGCAGAGGUGGUACUCCUGGUGGACGGGGUACUCCCGAUACUGGUUCAGGAGCUGGGUAUGGUGGAGGCGGAGGAACAUUAUCGGAUUGGGAACGCCAGACUUGGAGAUGCAGCAACUGUAUGGUAUGGGGCACUGCGGUUUGGGCCGUACGGGAUGGCCCAGCUGGCCCAAGGGUGAGCAAAGAUUCUUGUCAUUUUGGUUGA